AAUUUAUUGUAUGAACCUACUGUUGGAUUACAUAAAUUUGAGCAUGCUAUUUUUCACGUUGAGAAUAUAGAUUAUUCAUAUGGUUACAAUAAACCGGGAAAUAUUUCAUAAACCGGAAGAACUUUGAUCUAGCACGUGGUUAUCAUUGCCAACGUCAUCGAUUAGUCGGCCAAUCAAUGAAGGUAUACGAUUAUUCGGUGAUAUUCAGGUUAAAAUGCUAGUUUUACGAAGCUAAGAUCAGUCGCGUACUUCACAUCUUCCUUGUUUAAACAUGAUGUCUCUCUUUAUCUUCUUCGCUUCCCUCUUCGUUACCAUCAAGGCAGCCAUGGGUGAAAUUGGCCAAUAUCUGAAAGAUGUUUAUGCUAAAUGGGAUAAUCAAGAAAAACCAAUAUUUUUAUCAACUGAUAAAGAAAAUUGCAAAGAUGAAAAAGUUGUUCAUAGAAAUGAAAAGGAAAAUCCAAAGCAGGAAAUUUCAGAAGUGUCAACAAAAAGAACUGCAUCAAAUUUACAUAUGCGACAAAAUAUCAGAUCAGUCACAUUUGAUCUUCCUAAAUUGAAUGGUUUGGCCCAAUUCAAGAUGUCUCCUACCGUCUUACUGGAAAAUACAUGUCCCCGGCCAUUUGUUGGAAGAUGUUGUCCCAAGUGUUUACCAAUUAGUAGUUUAACUUCUAUGAGUAACAAUUCAACUUUAUUAAGCAUCUCAAAUAUUUUAGAUGUUCCAACACAAAAUAGGGGAAAUAACUUACUUGUUAGAAUAUUUCAUCAUGUUUCCUUUGUUCUUCAAAGACGUCAUUGUUUUACAUAUAGUGAUAGCUCAGAAAAUGUGUUAGAUCAUGGAAGAGUGCAGAAAGCUAUAGAAAAGGCAGCAAGAGAUGAGAAAGAUGAGGAAGAAUUGAGUGAAGUGGAGUUAUCUGUGCUCUAUUAUAAACACAGAUUAAGAGCUAAGCAAAUAUUAAUGCAAAUGAAAUCUGCCAUAUCAACCUUCUUACUUAAAGUAUCAGGCUGGGUUAUGUUCAAGUUGUUAAACAGAAUGCUGAAGAGUAUUCAGAUUCACAAAGGACAAAUAGAAAAUUUGAAACAUAUUAGUAAGAAUAAUACUCCAAUAAUUUAUUUGCCAUUGCAUCGAAGUCAUUUGGAUUAUAUUUUAUUGACAUUUAUUCUCUACAUGAAUGAUCUUAGAAUUCCAUUAGUUGCUGCAGGUGAUAACUUGAUGAUUCCUUUUUUUGGAAAUUUAUUGAGAAAUCUUGGUGCAUUCUUUAUCAAGCGUAAGCUUGAUUUAAGAAAUGGCAAGAAGGAUUUUGUUUAUAGAUCUAUUCUUCAUACGUAUAUGGCAGAAAGUUUACGUGAAGGACAUAGUAUUGAAUUUUUUAUUGAAGGCGGUAGAUCAAGAACUGGAAAAUCUUGUCUUCCAAAAGCUGGAUUGUUAUCUGUUGUUAUUGAUUCUUUACUUGAUGGAUGUAUUGAAGAUGCUUAUAUUGUUCCUGUUGCAAUAAGUUAUGAGAAAAUACUUGAUGGAAAUUUUAUUUUGGAACAAUUGGGAAGAUCAAAAGUAAUGGAAAAUUUUUCUACUGCUAUAAGAUCAAUUUGGAAAGUUUUACAUUCUAAUUAUGGAAGUGUUAGAGUUGAUUUCUGCCAACCAUUUUCUCUAAAGGAAUUUAUGCAUGCUUCCAAACAUUUCAAUGGUUCUUCUUCUCCAAAACUGAAUGUGGGUCUCAAUCCAGUUUCAUCUUUCAACAAAAUUCGUCCUAGUAGCAGUAAUUCCUCACUUUAUGGAACAGAUGUUGUUGUCGAUGAUAUGAGACAAGUUAUUAGAGAUGUUGCUGAUCACAUUGUUUAUGAUGCUUCAAAUGCAACAGCUUUAAUGAGCACUAAUGUAUUGUCAUUCUUAUUCCUAACUAAACAUCGCAAGGGAGCUACAUUAAAUCAACUUGUUCAAAGUUUAAAUUGGCUAAAAGAAGAAAUCAUUAAUAGAAAGAGAGACGUAGGGUACUCAGGCAAUUCAGCUGAUGUAAUCAAACAUGCAUGUAACUUAUUAGGAAAAGAUCUUGUCACAACAGAAACAAUUGAAAUGGAAUGGUCUUCAUUUGACAUGCCAAAUAAUAAUGUCAAAAUAUAUUUCUUUAAACCUGUCAUUAGGUUGCCUUAUGUAUUGGAAUUGCAGUAUUAUUCUAAUUCCUUGCUUUCAAUAUUCUUACUUGAUAGCAUUGUUGUAAAUGCAUUAUUUGCCUUGUUGGAUGAGGAAAUUGAGCAAUGGAGAGGUUGUGAAAGUAAAUUAAUUGUUUUUCGUGAGAAAUUAGUAUCAAAAUCUUUAGAACUCUGUGAUAUUCUUCAAUAUGAAUUUAUUUUCACUCCACCCUGUACAUGUCUCACAGUACUCCUGAAUGAAACUAUAGAUAGAAUGGUAACAUCAGAAUUGCUGAGAAGUAAGGGGAUGGUAGGUUAUGGUAUAGAUACAAAGACAGAACGAGCUUGGGUUAAUCGUUCAGUAACUUUAGAAUGGAAUGAAAGCUAUGAUGAUGAUGAUGAUGAUGAUGAACUUCCUUUAAGAGAUGAACAAUUACAAGUUUGCUUAACAGAAGAAUGCAUUAACAUGUUGCAGUUUUAUCGAUGUAUUUUAAGUCCAUACAUAGAAUCCUAUUGGUUAGCUGCAUGUUCUUUAACAAAACUAAUUAAUACUCAAAAAGAAGAAAAAUUAUUUUUUGAAGAUAUGCAAAAAACUGCACAAGAUAGGCUACAUCGAGGUCUCUUAUCAUAUGAAGAAAGUUUUGCUGCAGAACCAUUACGCAAUGCUCAAAGGUUAUUUGAACAUUGGAAAGUAGUAGAGACCCAUCGUCAAGACUCAAUAAAAAUCAUUUAUCUUCACUGUGAUUAUGAUAAUGAAGAAAGUGUCAGUGAUGUCAUUGGCAGGAUAGAGGAAUUCAGAAGAUGAAGAAAUAGUGUGUUUCCAACACAUCUCACAAAUAUACAUAUCAUUUGCACAAUUCUUAAUUGAAUUGCCUUGCCAAAUGUUGUCAGUACAGAAGAAAGACUAUACGUAAAUCAAUGCAUCCGCGUGUAAAUUUGAAGUUUUUCAUCAUAUAUUCAUGUUAUACUUGUAAUACAAGUUGUCAUUGUAUUUUUAACAUCACAUUGAAUGCAUUUUUAUAUAAUCUUCCAGACCAUGACAAUAACCACAUUGGUUAUUUUCAUUUAUCAUGUUCAAUACUUGUUAUUAGUUGCAGGUGAAUUCCUGUGACUUCCGUCCAGGCAUAUAUUGUUUAAGACAAUAUUAUUUGGAAUGCCUUCUUGUUUUGAUGAAGAUUGGAAGUGGUAGACAAAUAGACUUUGACCACUUUUUUUGUAAAUAAAACAAAUUUUAAAUCUGUGA